AUGGGCCUAAAACACAAGGAGUUUGAAAGUGCUGGUAAGAAAACUGGACUACAGAUCUGGAGAAUUGAGAAGCUGACACUGGCCGAAGUUCCAGAGCAUCUUCAUGGUAACUUCUUCGUGGGAGAUGCCUACAUAAUACUGAAAACCGUGGACAUGACGCUGUAUAAGACUUACAAUCUGCAUUUUUGGCUGGGAAGUGAAUGCAGCCAGGACGAGAGCACCGCGGCAGCCAUAUUUACCGUCCAGAUGGAUGAACACCUAGGCGGCCAAGCUGUUCAGUACAGAGAACUUAAAGGAUUUGAAAGCAGCACAUUUCUUGGAUAUUUUAAAAGUGGGAUAAAGUACCAGGCUGGCGGGGUGGCCUCCGGCUUCACGCAUGCUGUGACCAAUGACCUGUCUGCACACCGAAUUCUGCACAUUAAAGGGAGGAGGGUGAUCCGGGCUUCCGAGGUCCUCUUCAGCUGGUCCAGCUUCAACACUGGAGACUGUUUCAUCAUUGAUGUUGGAGCUGAAAUCUAUCAGUGGUGCGGUGAGAAAUGCAACAAGUACGAACGUCUCAAAGCCGCACAAGUUGCCACCAGCAUUCGGGACAGCGAAAGGAAAGGAAGAGCUAAACUAAUUGUCGUGGAAGACGGAAAUGAGUCAAGCGACCUUAUACAGAUUUUAGGGCCAAAGCCCAAACUGUCAGAGGGGGAUGAUGACACGGACAGUGUCGCUGAUGUCAUUAACAGGAAGAAGGCAAAGCUGCACAUGGUCUCAGAUGCGAGCGGCUCCAUGGAGAUUACUGUGGUUUCAGAAGAAAGUCCGUUCUCUAUGUCCAUGCUCCUGACUGACGAGUGCUUUGUGUUGGACGCAGGAGACAAGAUCUUUGUAUGGAAAGGCAAAACUUCAACAAAGAAUGAAAAGGCAACUGCACUGAAGACAGCUGAAGAUUUUAUAAAGAAGAUGAAUUAUGAUGCUAAUACCCAGAUUAUAAUGCUGCCAGAGGGGGCUGAAACUCCAAUGUUUAAACAGUAUUUCAAAGACUGGAAAGAUAAAGAGCAAAGCCAGGGCUUUGGGAAGGUGGUUACUACAGGAACAAUUGCACGUAUCACACAAAUACCGUUCGAUGCAAAAAAGCUACACGAAUCAUCAAAAAUGGCGGCACAGUACAACAUGAUGGAUGAUGGGUCGGGCAAAGUUGAGAUAUGGCGUGUUGAGUCCACGGGGCGAGUCCCAGUAGACCCCGAGACUUAUGGGCAGUUCUACGGUGGUGAUUGUUACGUUAUCUUGUAUUCUUCUGCUAAAGGAACAAUCAUUUAUAACUGGCAAGGAAAUAAAGCAACAAAAGAUGAGAUUACGAUAUCCGCGUUUCUCACCGUACAACUUGAUCGCUCUAUAAAGGCUGGAGCUACACAUACUCGAGUUUCCCAAGGAAAAGAACCACCCCAUUUACUGGCUAUAUUUAAAGACAAGCCACUUAUUGUAUACCAAGAUGGUACAUCAAGAAAGGGAGGCCAGGUUCCUCCACUCCCUGUGCGCUUGUUCCAAGUGCGAAAGAACUUGGGGUCCAUUACAAGGAUCUAUGAGGUUGACGCGGAUGCCAGCUCGCUGAACGCCAAUGAUGCUUUCGUUCUGAAAUUCCAAAAUAACUCGGCUAUUAUGUGGCUUGGGAAAGGGGCCAAUGAGGAGGAAAUAAAGGGAGCAGAGUACUUGGUCAAAGUUCUGAAAUAUAAAGGCACAAAAGUAGCUGAAGGCCAGGAACCGGAUAUAUUCUGGGAAACUCUCGGGGGUAAAAAGGAAUAUCAGACUUCCCCGCUACUUGAAACCCAACUUGAAGAACAUCCACCAAAACUCUUUGGGUGUUCAAACCGAACUGGGCGCUUUCUAGUCGAGGAGGUGCCAGGGGAAUUUACACAGGAAGACCUGGCAGAAGAUGAUGUAAUGAUGUUGGAUACCUGGGAACAGAUAUUUCUAUGGAUUGGAAUUGAUUCCAAUGAUGUUGAGAAAAAGGAAUCGUUGGUAGCAGCCAAAGGAUACCUGGAGAGUGACCCAUCAGGAAGAGAGAAAGAUAUCCCAAUUACCGUCGUCAGACAAGGACACGAGCCGCCCACAUUCACUGGCUGGUUUUUGGCCUGGGAUUCCAAGAAAUGGCCUAAGUGAAAGACAAUUUAAAUUAUCACCUUUUUUUUUCUUCAAUGAUUUAUUUAACAUACUGUAUGUGGAUAGCAACUCGUGUAAUGCCGUGACAUUGCUGACACCAUAUUUAUUAUCUGUAUAAUAAUCUAUUCAUAACACAUUACAGCUUUCACUACUAAUGAUA